CAGGUACACAUCAUGUUUAAUUAGUUGGGCAAACUAUAGCUCCUGUGGUGCAGUGCCCGCAUAAAUGAAAUUGCCACCGGCCGACGUGACAAAUCGGAGGCCACGUGCGUCCGCGAGUUUGUGCGCGGUUCUGUGCGAGAAGCCCGCAUGCUCAUAACUAUUGAUUCCCCGUCGAGGUGAUUGUGAAACGCGACUGUGGUCUGCUAUAAUGGCACUUGUGGAACGGCGUUUUUAAUUCAUAUCGGUGCUUAAAUUUGUACCUUGAGUGCAGCCGGGUCGGCGAAAUGCAGUUGUAGAGGCGCCAACAGCUUUUCGGCAAGGCAUAAAUUAUGGCGAGUCCCGAUUCGUACGAAAUGUCCAAUCGGAGGGGCUUCAGGCAACGACCUUACACAGCCCCGAUGGCCACCUACUCCUUCGAUUCGGAAAACUCGACGGCAAAUAACACGCCGAGACCCUCAAUCUACACGAUAAGCCGAAAUGUGGUCAUGGACGACAGAAUAUGGCAAGGGGGCAGCUCAUUGUCAGAGCCUGCCGACGCUUUGGGAAGGAGGAGGUACGUUAUACCGAGAGGGGUUGCAAGACUGGUCAGAAAUCUCUCAGGGAGGAGAAGAAGGGAGCCCGUGCCACUUCGUCCAAGGUCUGCACCAUUUAGCAUUGCUUCUCAAGAGCCAUCAGCAAACACAGUACGUUUGGCGAGGCUCUCGGUGGAAAAACUGCAGCCAAAGAAGGCAGCACCGAACCUUUCGACGAAAGUCGCCCCUAGCCAGAGCACCGACCUGAUCAACAGCAUUGCCAAGUCGACCAUAUCACUAGACGACCCGACCAUGAUGAGCAACACAGGCUAUUGCUGGAAGAGAAAUAUAGAUCCUCAAAGUCACUCCUACAUUGGUUGGCUAAGUCUAGUGGCGCUGGCCUGUCUCUACAACUGUUGGGUCAUCCCCCUGCGGUGCUUCUUUCCAUAUCAAACACCAGAAAACACCCCCAUCUGGCUGACUGUCGAUUUUUGCGCAGAUAUAAUCUAUGUGAUCGACAUGGCGUUAAUUCAGCCGAGGGUCAUGUUCAUUAGUCAGGGCUUGUGGGUCAACGACCGCAGCCAAAUGAGGAGGAACUACCUCACAAAAAUUGAAUUCAAGAUGGACAUUAUGUCACUGAUUCCGUUGGAAUUGCUUUACUUUUGGCUUGGGACUGACAAACCCUACCUGAGAGUGCCUAGAAUUUUAAAAAUUCAUGCGUUUUACGAAUUCUUCUCUCGACUGGAAUCGGUUUUGGCGUCGCCCCAUUUGGUCAGGGUGGCCAGGACGGUGCUCAACAUGCUCUACAUGGUGCACCUGAACGCUUGUGCCUACUAUGCCUUCUCGGACUGGGAGGGUCUCGGUUCAAACCGCUGGACGAUCGCCGAUACAGGAAAUGUGUACGUUCGCGCCUUUUACUUUGCAACAAAGACGGCAACUUCGAUAGGAAAGAACCCUAAACCAGAAAAUGAAAAAGAGUACGUAUUUAUGACGAUUAGCUGGUUGAUGGGAGUGUUCGUGUUUGCUCUGCUGAUCGGGCAAGUGAGGGACAUAAUAGCAACAGCAACCAGAGGAGAGACGGAGUACCGAAGACUGCUGGACCAGAUGCUGCAGUACAUGCAAAGGUUAAAUCUACCUCAUGACCUCCAGGUCAAGGUAAAACUGUGGCUCACCUACACCUGGCAGCAGCAGAAAACUUUAAACGAAAGUGCAAUUUUGGAAUCACUCCCGCCGAAAAUGAAGACGGAUCUGGCACUCGAGGUGCACAUUUCCACGUUGCAAAAGGUGCAACUUUUUAGUGACUGUGACGCCGCCCUGAUUAGAGAUUUGGUGCUUAAGCUGAGAUCCGUGGUUUACCUCCCUGGAGAUUACGUCUGUAGAAAGGGGGAAGUUGGAAAAGAGAUGUACAUUGUGAAAACGGGGGUGAUCCAAGUGGUUGCGGACAAUGAAGAGGUCCUUGCAACAUUGAAAGAAGGUUCCGUGUUUGGCGAGAUAAGUUUGCUUAGCUUGGCUGGAGGAAAUAGGAGAACAGCGGACGUGCGCUCUCAUGGUUACUCGAACUUAUUUGUUCUGAGCAAGGCAGAUUUGAACGAAGCCAUUCAACACUAUCCUGAGGCUCAGGAAAUUUUAAGGAAGAAAGCCGAGGGAUUGGUUGCUCAGAACGCGGAGCGAGAGCGACAAAAAGAGCUACAAGGUUCAAGCGCAAGUGGCAUAGGAGGAAAUUCUUCUUUAAAUUCAUCUAGAACUGGGGAAUCAAAAUUCUUCAUUCAACCACUCACUCCUAGUCACAAGUCAGCCAUAACCUUGCAGAAGGAAAAAUGAAAACAACGUGCCUGGCUUUUCAAUAAGAGAGACCGAGUUUGUGAUUCAGACGAACGAAAGAAGAUAUUUAUUAUGGACAGUUACACCUACUUUAUAAUUCAUGCAGACGCCUUUUGAAGCAAUUUCUGUUGCUGCAGCUUGAAGUUCAACUUGGCUCUUGUCCUGGACAUGGCCUCUCUCUCCUCAGCUAUCAGCCGACAAAGGUUGUCUCGUUGUUGCUUUAAUGGGGACCAUGGUUAGAAAAUUUAUGUCCAAAGCACAAUAAUGCGCCUUUUGAGAGACCCAGUUGCGUUUUAGUACAAUUCAUUUUCAGUUAACAUAUUAUGGUUUCAAACUUAAUUUGAUGACUUUAAUUCCUGACAAGAUUUUGGGUUAAUCAAAAGGCGAAUUGGUUGACAUACUAGACAUUGGUCAUUUCAAGGUGUUAAUCAUUCCAAAAUUGAAAUGUUCCAAUUAAAAAUUAAAAAAAUGCUUUAAACAGUGUUUGAUAUUCUAUGAUGGAUUGUUAACAUCAAAGAUUAUUAUUUUAACAUGAUUGUUACUAUCAAAAUAUAAAGCACUAAUGUUUAGAUUUUUAAUAAAUAAAAUGGUGCAAACCUGCAA